GGUCGAUAGCAAACGAGCUAACUAGCUCCACACAGCCAAAACACAGUGCGGCGGCAGACCCGCGGUUUAUUUAUUUUAAUAUAUGUUUUUAUUUAUUUUAUUAUUUUUAAAUAUUAAAUCAUUAAAUCGGUUGUUUGCAGAGACUGUGACGAAAGAGAAGGAGAAUGGUGGUCCCUGAUGGAGUGAGUGCCCUUCAGCCAGCGGACAGAGGUGAUGCAGACGCGGUGAUGUCCAGCUCAGAGCCAGAGUUCGGUCCCCAUCUGACCGCGGUGGAGCUGGAGGAGGUGCGUAAGCUUCAAGAGCUGGUGCGCCGUCUGGAGGUCCAGAAUCAAGCCCUGCGCUCCAGGGGCAGCAGACUCGUGCUGGGGGCCGCCAGCAACAGCAACCUCUCCACCGGAGCCAACAUCAGUAACCUGCUCGAUGGCAUGGACACUUCUCCCGGAGCAGAGGAUGCUGGGAAGCGGGCGCUGUCACCUCCAGCGGGCUGCAGUAGCAUUGAGGACAUGUCUUCAGUGCCUGAGACCUCCAGGCUGGAGGAUGAGGAGGAGAGGACCAGAUUCCUGAGCUCGCCGGGUGCUUCAGCCUCCGAACACACGCUGGGCCGCUUCGAGCCCAGUCUGUCUCCUGAGAUGUGUGAUUCUGAGACGCUGGGAGCGAGUGAUGCGGGUAUGGACCAGUCCGCCCUGGACCAGGUGGAUGAACUUGAUUUAGAGACGUGUGCUCAGGCCGAGGACGAAGACCGCUGGUUGUACGUUUCACCGAAGAAGCAGGUUGUGGCUGAACUGGGGCCUGAAUCUCCUCUGAAAUGGUGUCGGAAGUUCCUCGAUCAUCCCAGUCCAGAGACCGAAGUCGCCUGUCGGACGCUCAUCCACCGGCUAGACCAAACGUCUAGAUGGAAGAACGUGUACAGCAGCCCAUCUCAGUCCAGUGAGGCUGGCGUCUCCACGUCCUCGUCUGCUGGGUACCUCAAAUCAACUAACACAACACUACUAACCUCUGGCAGCUCAGGUCUCACGGGUGCCCCCCCUGCGCUCAGCUCUCAGUCGUCUGUGGACAGUGAGUUAAGCACCUCGGAUGACUCCAUCUCUAUGGGCUACAAGCUCCAGGACCUGACGGAUGUUCAGAUAAUGGCUCGUCUGCAGGAGGAGAGUCUCCGUCAGGACUACGCCUCGACCUCGGCCUCGCGCCGCAGCUCCUCGGCCUCCCUGCAGUCUCUGCGUCGAGGCACCUACAGCGAUCAGGAGCUGGACUCCUACAGUCUGGAGGACGAGGAGGACGAGUGCUGCUCUCUGACGCACAGCUCGUCCAGCCGCCUGGCCUCUCCACGCACACGUGUGUCCCGCCGCUCCCUGCAGGGCCCGGGGCCCAAGAGCGAGGAGGAGCUCAGGCACAGCAUGCCUAACCUGACCCCGCGCAGCAGCCUGCGGUCUCUGGAGGCAGUCAGAAACAGCCGUAGCAUGGAGGCUAACUUACAGAGCUCAGGCCAACGCACGUCCCGUCUGCCCCAGACCCCCACAGGUGUAUCAUCUGCGAGGAUGAGGGCUGAGGGCCAGUCCCCUCUCUAUCUGCGGGCUCCUAUGAAAGCGCUGAGUCCCGUGAGCUCUAUGUCUGCGGUGCGACAGCAGGCCAAAGGGCCAGCGAGUGUCCAGCGAGGCAUGAGGAGGGUGCAGUCGCCAGGUCCCACCAAUGGGGCGUCCAACUCUGCUGCUGUCGCCCGUCAGACUUCAGGAAGAGGCCUGACACCCGCUUCACCUUCCUCCAGAGGCAGACUUCCACAGACGCCCAGGAGCAGAUCUCUGGGAAUGACCAAACCGUGUGCUCCCAUCACCGAUGAAUCCUGGAAAGAUGGAUGUUACUGAAGCCCUAGGAGCUGCAGCG